AUGACGUCCUUAAUCGAUAAAAUAGAACAAUUAAUAAAGAGAGAAAAAACUACUCCUGAUCGCAAAAAGGAUGAUACCAAAAAGUCAUCAAAUGAAAUUCUUUCCGAACUCUUUAGUGCUUUUAAUGCUGAUCCACCUAAACUAGAAGAUAUAGCAAUAAAAAAAGUUAAGAAAAGCAAGAAAAAACACAAAAAGGAAAAGAAAAAACGAAGUCGAAGCUCAAGUUGCAGUGAUUCUGAUGGCGAUCGGAAGCGUAAAAAACGGAAAAAAAGCAAAUCAAAGAAACAUAGGGAUGCCCGCUCGACAUCCACUCAAAGAAAGCCGGUAAAAGUAACAUUAGAAUAUAAGCCAAUAAUUAAAGAAGAGCCCACUGUUACAAAUGAACCAAGACCUAAAGAACAUAAACACAAAUCACUGGAAAGAGUCCCAGACCAAAAAAAACACCAUAAAUAUGAGCAUAGUAUGUCACCACCACUUGAAUCUUUUGAUGCUAGUCUUAUUCCCAUGCCUGAUUCACCUAAAGAUGGAAAAGGUGUCGCAUCUGAUUUGAGACACAAGUUGGAUAAAAAAUCAGACCUAGAAAAUGAUAAAAACAAAAGUAAAAUACAAAUUAAGAACCUAAAGUUUAGCGCUGUGUUUGAAGAAACUGUUAAAAAGGCAGAAGAGGAAGCCCGCAAGAAAGCAGAAAAGGUUGAAGAUGGAGAGUAUAGCGAUACAUCUAGUAGUACUGAUAGAGAUGAUGGCUCAUAUUCACAAUUUCCGAAAUCAUCAGAUCCAGGAGGAAUACUUAAAAAAGCAGCCCAAGAUGUAUUACUUGAUAUAGAGGAGAAAUCAAAGAAAAAUAAAACCAAUAGCAUAAAUAAAUCUUCUGAUCACUAUGGCAGUGAGUCUAGAAAAAGGUCUGAUAGUAAUAAACGGUCCCGCUCUCGUUCAGGUUCACGUCAUCAUAGACAUCGUUCGAGAUCUCGUUCGCGUCGGAGAAGUCAUUCUAAGAGUUCUCGUUCUAGACGGAGAUCAGAAUCUAAAUCUAGGCGAAAAUCUAGAUCUAGAAGCCGGCAUCGCUCUACAUCUAGAAGUAGGCAUUGGCCUAGACAUACAUCUCCAAGACAUAGAGGCAGAAGAUCACCAACUGGUGUGAAGCUAGCAGACAGUGAAAAGAAGCGUUUGCUAGAGGUGGCUCGCCGGAAUGCUAUUAACAUGUUGAAAAAUGGUGCUGUACCAGCUGGUGCUGCUGUUCUACCACCUCAUACUAGAAGUCAAGUGAUGGCUGCCAUUCAAUCUGGAGGCAAAUCUGUAGACGAGCUGACAGAUUUUUGCAAGCAUCUGUCCAAGAAGGAAGCUCUUGGAGAGUUGUCAUCGGUUUCAUCUAAUGAUGGGGAAAGUGAGAACGAGGACACUAUUGCAUUCCACCAUCCUUUCCUAGUUAAAGAGAAAGCUCCUAUCGUUCUAAAUAUAAGAGGUGGUGCACCCCUUCCCUUAAAAUCAAAUACGCUGCCAAUAGCAAACAAAGACGAGUUGAGACUGCAGUUUCCUGUGUCCUCUGGCUCUCAACAUCGUGAAAAAGCAUCGGAAUGGGUGCCUGUAUCACCUAAGAAAGAUAAUAUGCAACUUGUAAAAGUGAAUACACAGCCUGAUAAACCGCAGCUGGGUUUCGAUCCUAUUAACAAGACUGCAGAGCCACUUGCACUACCAGCUCCACCUGCACCCCCAUCUUACAUGAAAAGCUUUACAACUGGAAGUCAACUGACUUCGGUGCCCGCGUUGAUGCCACCUGGACCUCAGGCGAUGCCAGAUAAUCAUCCUGCAGUGGACAUGGCCGCUAUAGUUUCCCAGAAGCUGUCAUUAAUACGAAAAGAACAGGAACAAAAUGAACUGUGUAGUACUAGAGGUUUUGGUUGGUCGGCCAGUGACCUGAGUUCUACGACUUCACUUGGUCAAUUCACCGGUUCGACAGGCGCUAAUAUUCUCACACCUCGUGAACUUGCUUCCGGUAGCCAGGCUUGGGCUAAAAAGGAUCAAUUAGUGCGUGCGGCUCCAGUGGAAGGAGGUAUGGGUAUGCAUCUUCUCCAGAAGAUGGGCUGGUGUCCUGGCCAGGGCCUUGGUAAGGAGGGUACCGGUACCCUCCAGCCCCUCUUAUUGGAAGUCAAGUUAGACACAAGGGGCUUACAGGCUAAGGAAGAGGUCAGUAGCCGUUACAAUAAAGGAAUGAAACAGAACAGGCUGGGAAGAAGGGGCCCCGCACCACUUAUAGCUGGUGGAAAACAUCCUGUAUCAUUGCUUGGUGAAUAUUGUUCUAAGCAAAAAUUAGGCCCUCCUGAAUAUAACCUCUGCUUCGAGUGUGGGCCGGAUCAUAAGAAAAAUUUCCUUUUUAGGGUUAAGGUGGCAGGUGUGGAAUAUCAGCCAGCUGUGGCUAGUGCAAACAAGAAGCAAGCUAAAGCUGAUGCGGCUCAACUUGCUUUGCAAAAGCUUGGCAUAGUCACAUGA